GCUACACGAUCUCCCGCGGCGCAGAUCAGGAAGUGGCGGCGGGUAAAGUUUGAAGUCUCCGUGUUGUCCUCCCUCUGGCUCCUUUGUCUCUGUCCCCAGUUCCAGGCUCUGUCCUCCUGCCGCCAUGAGGAGAACCAGGUCGUCGAGGAGUCAGACUCAGGCCGCGGCGGCGGAGGGAGGAGGAGGAGGAGGAGGAGAAGCCCGCUCGGAGACAGUGUGGCAGUGGCAGGGGGACGGGGGUCAGUGGGAGCUGUAUUCGCCAGCAGCCUGCGCCUUGUUGGACUCCGCCCUCUCUUCGGGGGAAACCUCCGUCACGCUCGCUCUGGGACCGGGGACCCCCUACGAAGUCGACCUGAAGAAGAUGGUGCAGAUUAAUCCUGUCACAAAAUACAAGAGGAAGAUCCGCUCUCAAACAGUCAAGUCCGAGAGUGUUCCUGAAGCCAGUGACUCUACUGCUCUCAAUGGAAUGACAGUUCAAGUUAAAGAGGAGAAGGAGGAGGAGGAGGAAGAGGAGGAGGCGAAACCUGCAGCUAAGAGGAGGAAGGCGCAAAGCAAGAGUCAGACAAAAGCCAAGAAAGAAGAGAUAAAAACUGAAGAGGUCACAAGGACGUUGGUGAUGAAGGGCAAAGCUCCGGUGGACCCUGAAUGCAAAGCCAAACUCGGAAAGGCUCACGUUUACUGUGAAGGAAACGAUGUUUACGACGUGAUGUUAAACCAGACAAAUCUCCAGUUUAACAACAACAAGUAUUAUCUGAUCCAGCUGCUGAAGGACGACAGCUCCAAGCUCUACAGCGUGUGGCUGAGAUGGGGCCGCGUGGGUAAAGUGGGUCAAAACAACCUCACACCCUUUGGUGGAGAUCUGCUGAAAGCCAAAGAUUUCUUCAAGAAGAAGUUCUUGGAUAAGACCAAGAAUGAGUGGGAACAUCGGGCAAGUUUUGAGAAAGUGGCUGGAAAGUACGACAUGGUGUUCAUGGACUACAGCACAAAUGAAAAGCAGGAGGAGUCCACAGUGAGCACCGUACCCAAAGAGAAGAAGAGCUCCACGCUAGACGUGAAGAUCCAGUCUCUCCUGGAGCUGAUCUGUGACCUGAAGGCCAUGGAGGAGUGUGUGCUGGAGAUGAAGUUCGACACUCGGAAAGCUCCUCUCGGCAAACUGACCUCAGAGCAGAUCCGUGCAGGCUACAGCGCGCUGCAGAGAAUCGAGGCGUGUCUGAAGAAGAAGGGAAACCACCGUCUGCUGCUGGAGGCCUGCAACCAGUUCUACACCCGCAUCCCUCACGACUUUGGCUUGAAAACCCCCCCGCUGAUCAACACGGAGGAGGAGCUGAAGGAGAAGAUUGCACUGCUGGAGGCUCUGAGUGACAUCCAGAUAGCCGUGAAAAUGGUCCAGUCCAGUGAGGGCGGUGACGAACAUCCUCUGGACCGACAGUACAGCUCCCUCCAGUGCAAGCUACAGCCUCUGGACUCCAGCAGUGAUGAGUUCAAGGUUAUAGAGAAAUAUCUGCUGUCCACUCACGCCUCCACCCACCAAGACUACAGCAUGAGUGUCCUCGACGUGUUCUCAGUGGACAGAGACGGAGAGAGCAGCAGCUUCCUCUCGCAGAUACACAACAGGACUCUGCUGUGGCACGGUUCCCGUCUGUCUAACUGGGUCGGGAUCCUCAGUCAGGGGCUCAGAGUGGCCCCCCCCGAAGCCCCCGCCACCGGAUACAUGUUUGGUAAAGGGAUCUACUUUGCUGACAUGUCGUCAAAGAGCGCAAACUACUGCUUUGCUAAUCAGAACAAUCACGUUGGACUGUUGCUGCUGUGCGAGGUCGCGCUCGGAGACAGUCACGAGCUGCUCGAUGCCGACUACGAGGCCGCUAACCUGCCUGCUGGAAAACACAGCACCAAGGGCCUGGGACAGACCGGACCCGACCCCAAGAACUCAGUCACCCUGGACGGUGUCACGGUGCCGAUGGGGCCCGGGGUGAAGACGGGGGUGGGUAAGAACAGCGUUUACUCCCUCCUCUACAACGAGUUCAUCGUGUACAACCCGGCUCAGACCCGCAUGAGGUACCUGCUGAGGAUCAAGUUCAACUACGCUUCACUGUGGUGAGGCUGUGAAAGGCCGUGUGUCAGGAUCCUAAGUCACUGACGCUGCUUUCACACACGUACCGAACUCCCGGAGGAGAACGCAGUCGCUCCUGAUGUUUUCCUAGAACUUUUCCUGCUAGUUCCCUCGAGUUGACGAUAUUUCAAACAGGCAACGAACACAAAUAUACAGGAAGGAAGAAUUGGACCCAGGAAGAAUUGGACCCAUAGACGUGGGAGACACAGACGAAAACAUCAACUCGGAAACACAAGCUUCGAGAGUCUUGACGUUAAGAGCUUGUGUUGGUGAGCUGUAAACAAGAACACCCCCCCCCCCCCCCCCCCUAUUCCCUCUGCGUCCUUCAUAUAAAAAAAAGACACAUUUCUAGAGUUCAUGUCUGAAAACAGCUUUAGUCUUUCUUUGUGAAUGGGGGUGGGAGGAUUGUUUAGCUCUGGUUUUGGAGGAUAGGAUGUUAAACCUCUAAAAACAUGAAUGUUAACUCUCUCAGUGAUGGAGAGCUGUCACUAAUUUACUAAUUCAUUAGUUUUAACAAUUUUUGUUUGCAGCUUCUCAAAUGUUUUUUCUUUAUCGUAUCUAAGGUUAAACUCAAUAUCUUAAAAUUCCACACGUCACUUUGUUCUAAAAGAAUACACAACUGACAUUUUUCAUGUUUUCUGAAAAAUAACUUUCUUCCAAAAGGCGAGGAUUGAGAAUAUAAUAACAUUUAGCACUACAUUUGUAUUUUGCUUUAUCCUCGUAUCAAUAGAUGUUGAAUUGCAUGUUGGCAACAUUUUAGUUUUCUGGAGCUGGUACGUAACACAAAACUCCUUCAGGCCGGUUUGACACCAGCGUUUAUACUGAAUAAUUACCACAGUUUUUAUGAAUGUUUCCUACUAGUGUCACAAAAUAUGUGUAAACAAUGAAUUCAGUCCAAAAGUGUCUUCUGUAUUUUUUAUUCAUGUAAAACAGUCUGUAAAAAACACAGAUCCUCAUUCAAACUAGAUGUGGUUACGCUUUUAACAUAACAAUACAAAUAAAGGACAUUUUCAUGUUA